UCAGGCUUGACAUAUGGGUGAGAGAGUGCCACCUGGGGCCUGAGCCGGCCUGCCCAGGAUGCCCCGUGGCCCUCCCUUCAUGUCCUUGUUGCUCCUGCUAUCACUGCUCUCCUCAACUCCUCAUACCCACGCCACCUUCCCCCAGGAUCCCCUCCCUCUCGUGACCUCUGACCUCCAAGGUGUAUCACCAUUAUCCUGGUUUCGGGGCUUAGAAGGAGAUGCUGUGGCUGGAGAGCUGGGUCUGGACUUUCAGAGAUUCUUGAUCCUGAACCAGACGUUGCUGGUAGCUGCCCGGGAUCAUGUUUUCUCCUUUGAUCUUCAAGCUCAAGACUGGGAAGGGCUGGUACCAGAUAAGUAUUUGACAUGGAGAAGUCAGGAUGUGGAGAACUGUGCUGUUCGAGGGAAGCUGAGGGACGAAUGCUACAACUACAUCCGUGUCCUUGUUCCCCGGGACUCCCGGACCCUCCUUGCCUGCGGGACAAAUUCAUUCAGCCCCAUGUGCCGAAGCUAUGGGAUCUCUUCCCUGCAACAGGAGGGUGAGGAGCUGAGUGGGCAAGCUCGAUGCCCCUUUGAUGCCACACAGUCCAGUGUCGCCAUCUUUGCAGAGGGUAGUCUUUACUCAGCCACGGCUGCAGAUUUCCAGGCCAGCGAUGCUGUUGUUUAUCGAAGUUUUGGCCCCCAGCCCCCUCUCCGCUCCGCCAAGUACGACUCCAAGUGGCUUCGAGAGCCACACUUUGUCCAUGCCGUGGAGCACAGAGACCAUGUUUACUUCUUUUUCCGAGAAGUCUCUGUGGAGGAUGCUCGGCUGGGACGGGUACAGUUCUCUCGUGUAGCACGUGUGUGUAAGCGUGAUGUAGGUGGCUCUCCCCGGGCCUUGGACCGUCACUGGACAUCUUUUCUGAAGCUUCGGCUCAACUGCUCUGUCCCUGGAGACUCUGCCUUCUACUUUGAUGUGCUGCAGGCCCUGACUGGGCCUGUCCCUCUGCAUGGACGUCCUGCUCUGUUUGGGGUCUUCACCACCCAGACCAACAGCAUCCCUGGUUCUGCUGUCUGUGCCUUCUACCUGGAUGACAUUGAACAUGGGUUUGAGGGCAAGUUCAAGGAGCAGAGGAGCGCAGAUGGGGCCUGGACCCCUGUACCUGAGGACAGGGUCCCCUCACCCAGGCCAGGGUCCUGUGCAGGGGUGGGUAGAGCUGCUUCAUUUCCUUCUUCCCGGGACCUCCCUGAUGAAGUCCUGACUUUCAUCAAGGCUCACCCAUUGUUGGAUCCUGCUGUGCCACCUGCCACCCAUCGGCCCCUUCUCACCCGUACUGGCAGAGCCCUGCUGACCCAGGUGGCUGUGGAUGGAGCAGCUGGUCGCCACAGCAAUACCACUGUCCUCUUCUUGGGUACUGAGGAUGGGACAGUACUGAAGGUGCUCCCCCCAGGAGGGGGGUAUGGUAACACCGAACCAAUCUUGUUGGAGGAGAUUGACACCUACAGCUCCUCCCGGUGUGGUGGGAAGCGAUCAGCACAGUUAGCCCGCCGGGUUCUCGGCCUGGUGCUGGAUCCUGAUGGCCACAGGCUCUUUGUGGCUUUUUCCGGCUGUGUUGUCCACAUGCCUCUCAGUCGAUGUACCAGGCAUGGCGCUUGUCAAAGAAGCUGUCUUGACUCCCAGGACCCAUACUGUGGCUGGGGAAGCUUCAAAGGCUGCGUGGAUGUCAGGGGACCCGCCUGGACUGACCUGGAGCAGGAUGGGGACAGGGAAGUCAUGGAGGAGGGAGACUGCCACGAUGGGGCCACUGGGAGUCAUUCAGGGCCAGGGGAUUCUGCCUAUGGUGUUCGACGAGAUCCGCCCCAUGCCUCAUCUCCUCACACGGUCCCUGUGCCGCUCCUUCUGGCCAGUGUGGCAGCAGCUUUUGCCCUGGGGGCCUCUAUUUCUGGUUUCCUGGUCUCCUGUGCUUGUCGUCAUGCCUAUCGACACACUCACAGGGGGAACAAGGAUGUCGAGACCCCUGGACUCCCACGCCCCCUCUCUCUCCGAAGCUUGGCCAGGCUCCACGGUGGGGGUCCUGACCUACCCCCUCCGACCAAGGAUGGUGACUCACCCCCAGUGCCCCAGCUCUAUACCACGUUCCUACCACCCACCGAGGGCAUGCCUGCCCUAGAGCUGGCCUGCCUGCCCACCCCUGAAUCCACACCAGAGCUUCCAGUCAAGCAACUCCAACCAGUCCAGGGGCCUUGGGAGUGGAACCAUAACGGGAACAAUGCCAAGGAUAGCUCUGCCCACUGCCGAAGUGGCCCUGGACCUGCCCCGAGGGUGUUGGUGAGGCCACCCCCUCCUGGCUGUCCUGGCCAGGCUGUAGAAGUGACCACCUUAGAGGAACUGCUUCGCUAUCUCCAUGCUCCUCAGCCUCCUAGGAAAGGGACAGAGGCUCUGUCCCCAAAUAAUCCCUGUACCCCUCUCCCCUUGGCUACCCGGGUGCAGUCCCGAGUCCCCCCACCGGAGCCAGCCCAUGCCCUCUUUUCUGGUUCCUCUCCACUCCCACGAGACUGUACCCCUCCACUCCGGCUGGACAUUCCCCCAGAUGGGAAGUGCCCACCCCCAUCGCGCCCCCCACUAUCUGCCCCUGCUCCUCGACUUGGGAUUGGAGGCACCCGGGGUAUAUCCCCUUCACCACACCGGGUGCCCCCAGGCCUGCUAACUCGAGUCCCCUCAGCGGGAACCUCACGAUAUUCUGGGGGUCACGGAAGGUACCCUCUGUACCUUGGCCGGCCCGAGGGAUACAGGGGACGAGCCCUGAAGAGGGUUGAUGUGGAGAAGCCACAGCUGCCCCCAAAGGCUCCCCUCCUUGUGACCUCCCCCUCCCAAGUGGCCCCUCCUGGUGGCCAUUUUGACUAUUGAUGGUAACUACCCUGCCUAGAAAGGGUGUGGCAAUGAAGACUCCCAAAUGGACAAGUAACUCACUAAUCACAUUGCCUGGCUCCAUCCUUCCUGGACUCCGGACCUCUCUUGUCCUGUACUUACUGCCCACCUUGGGCUUAUUUAUUGACUCUCAUCCCAGCCUUUCCCUGCUGCCCCUAGUCUCCAGGGGUUUGGGUAAUGGGGGAGGUCUUACCUCCUUCUCCAACCACUGCGAGCCAGCCCUACUUAGUGGGAGCUGGCUGGGGCUCCCACCCUUAUCUCCUCCAGCCAAGCUGCCUUAGCCCUUCCCCUCCCAGCUUCCUCCAUAGUCUGGGACCCCCGGACUGGGGAUGUCCACGAUUGGGGGAUUGGGGUAGGGUAUGUCUGUAUAGUGUACAGUGUUCUCGGGGCUACCCGAGACAUCAUCACCUCCUACUGUGUAGGAGCCUUCCCUCACCCCAAUACAACGAUGUUACCCUGA